AUGUCUACUUCCUCCGGUGUUCUGUCUCUACAACUCAAUUCUCCCUGCUUUUCUUCCCGCGGCCAUAUGCCGCCGCCGCUGCCACUCUUCCUCGCUAUCCCGAGGUUGUGGCCCGGCAGCAGUCCGCUAACGGCCCGAGCGGUGUCCAGGCGAUUCAUCCUGCCGUCGGCCUCAUUCAUCUGGGACGCCAUAACAGGGGGAAAUUCCGCCCUGGAGGCAUCCACUGCCGUCCGCCGGGGAAUGCAGCUUUUCAGACAGGUAUGGCAUUUUCCCUCCCUCCGGGAUCGGGUCGCUCGCUUUUAUCUAGCUGUCAUGUAUGGAGAAUGAUCCGUCGUAUUAAUGUGGGAUUUUUCACUCUUUCGACUGUGGGAAGGGUGACGUUGUGGGUUCGUUGGCUGAGUUCGACAGAGCCAUAGAAUUGGAUCCUCGACAGAAGUCAUGUACGUGCUUCCCCCGUUUUAAUUCAAUCGAUACGUUCUUUGUUUCAUGAAUUAAAUAACGGCGUAGAACUUCUCUCUGAGUAGUUUGGAUAUAGUAUAUCCUGCUAACCAUGGAAUCAUGCUGCAGAUCUUUGGCAAAGGGGACUCUCCUUAUACUACUUGGAAAGGUAUCUGCUUCUCCCUCCUCUGGCGUGGCGAGGUGAAUAGAAGGCAUAACUUUUAAGUUAGACCACAUGCAGAUUUGAAGAAGGGGCGGAGCAGUUCAGGAUAGACGUUGCUGCAAACCCGAAUGACACAGAGGAGUCCAUAUGGUGCUUCCUUUGUGAAGCUCAAAUCUAUGGUGUAGAACAGGCCAAGCGAAGGUUCCUUGAGGUUAGUUGAUGACUGUUAGACUGAGACACUGAUUGUGAUUACUUGUAUCGUGCAACUUCUCUAAGAGAAAAUAUUAUUAUUUUUGGAUUUUGAUGAUGUAUAUCAUGUCAGAAGCAUGUAUAGGAAAUGUCAUCAUACCCAGGGGUUAAAACAUUGAAAACUAAUAAAAAUAUAAUACAACUGAUGAUAAAAGCCUUUUUCGAAUGAUAGCCAAAACAAUCGUUCGUUUGGAAAAAUCUGUAUAUUUUUGUUUAUUGUUGGUGGUUGGCAUUCAUAAAUACGAAAAAGUGGCAUGUUUUUGGUUGUCCUAAUUUAUUCAUGCUGGUUAGAAAAGUUAUUUUUUCUGAUACAUUAUUCUGGAACUUUUUAUGGUAUAUAUUGUGAGAAAAGAAAACUCCAGUCUGUUUUCUUGACCAAAGGCAUUAAUUUAAGAUACAUUAUUUGAAUGAUAUUAGUUCUAAUCACGAAAAUUUAUACAUUUAAGGACUAGGUAACGUGAUUUAACUACAUUAUAUUCAACCAUGUUGCUGCUUCUUGCAUCAAUCAUUAGUUUUCUUUAUAGUUUAACUUGAAUCAUAAUUGGGUAGACAGAUAAAUUUAUUGAUAACUUAUCAUUGUUUCGCAAAGCAGUUUCUUUUUUGAUUGAUUUUCCUGGUCGUGCAUUUCUUUUUUUCAGUUUUUGUAACAACAUUCCCUGUGGCAUCAGGUUGGCAGAGAUUCACGACCCUUUAUGCGUGAAGCCUAUAAUCUCUUUAAAGAUGGUGGAGACCCCGAAAAGGUUUCCAAAAUAUUCCCAGAGAUGUUACAAUAUACAAUUUUUUUAUUUGGAAUAUCGAGUAUUAUAGUUUUUUUAAUGUAUUUUCUUGAUUUUCCAUUCUCUAUUACUCCAUUACUUAUAAUCUUACUAUCACUUUGUUCUAACAAAAAUUCUGAGAGAGCGAUUUUUCCUGGUUUUACAAAAAACCGUUCCCAGACAACAGCGACCAAUUCUUUUACUGCUACUAUUUACAAAUAGACAUAUAAUAAAUUCAACGUUCCUUUUUUCCCUGAAAUUUAAGUUUCUUCAUUUCAUGGCAAUGCUGAGUCCAUUUAAACCUGGAAUAUUUUAAAGCAGAUAUGCACCGUUCAUUUAUUCUGGAAAGAUGUUCUCUCCUUAAUUUUUUACCAUGGUGCUGAUAAUUAUCCACGGUAAAUAAUAACAUUUUUUUCAGGAUUUCUCUUUCAUGUCUAUUUACCACAUGCAUUUCUUACGGUUUUUCCCCACCAAGCAUUUGGUCAAUUUAAUCUUCUUGCACUGGAUACAAUGAUGCCCUUCCCUCUCUUUCCUUUCAGAUUUUACCCUUUCUCAUUUACGUUCUUAUACUUGUCUCGCUGGUUUGUUUCUUCCAGAGAAAAUCCUCGGAUUAAAGGGUGCAGAUUGUUGUCAAAUUGAAUCCAGCGUAUAUUAAUCAUAUCUUUUUUUUUUUGCCAGUUUCCACCGCUUGCCUAGCAUCCAGGAAGUGAAAUUUCUGGUGGGGAAUUGAGCUUGUUUCUUGAGGCCAUUACCUGUGACAUGUAUAAAGGAAAAGACCUAGUGGGCGGAGAAAAAAUAGAAAUGCUGCUUAGUGGGCGUGUGCGUAGAGAGAGAGAGAGAGAGAGUAUAUGAAUCAUAUAGAAAGGGAGGAUAUGCUUUGUAUAGAUCCGAAAGCAAUCAGUAUCAGGGAUGUAUCUGUGCGUCGUUAAUAUCUUGUUUUGCAAUAUUUAUGUCCUUAAAGCCAAGUGUAUGUUAACUUGGAUUCAGUCUGAGUAUAUUUAAUUUUAUCCACUGUUAUUAUAUGGCUAAUUCAUGCCGUGAAGUUCAUUUUUCUAAACAUUUAAAGUGCCUUAUGGCCCUUGCAGCUUGUUUCCAUGUUUUUGCACGGUGGAGAAAGCGAGUUCUUCUAUGCUUCAUUAUAUGCUGGCCUCUACUACGAAUCCCAGGUUUGUGAUCAUCAUCAUUGAUGUGCUUCUACUGCUUUGUAGAUCCUUGCACGAGUGUGGUGCUGGUAUGUUCUUGUAUUUAAAUAAGACUUUACCAUAUAUAACGUGUGGUUUGUAGAAUUCAACCGAUUACUUGAAUCCAAGUCAACUCAUCAUCCCGUUCAGAUGGUUUUUGAAAUGACAGAAAGAGAUUUAUUUAUUUAUUUAUUUACUUAUUUAUUUAUUGCUUGUUCAUUCUCCCAGAAGGACCCAGAAUCCUCGAAACGCCAUAUCAUUGCUGCAUGCAGGUCGCUUUACGGUGAGAGGUAAACAGUUUCACUCUGCGCCGCCUCCCUUACAAACUUGCCCUGAAACCCUACUCUGUUUCAGACUUUCAUGGGUCCGUGAAUGUUUCUUGCAGCUCCGGUGACUACAUGGCUUCCCUCGCCAAGGUCCACUGUCUUUGCCGAAACUGGGUGCUCGCCUAA